AUGUCGGCCUCGAGGAUAUUCAAUGCGGGCAUAAGGGCACCUUGCUGUCGGUCAUCCCUCAAAUCCAACUUCUUCUCGACCCUCAGGCCUUCCACCUCCACAUACACCACCCCUUCAUUGGUGGGUGGCUUUCCUCGACGAAGCUACACAGCAUGGACAGCACGCAGCCUCCAAAACACCAGUGCAAAGACGAAGCUGUCAUCUAUCCUCCAAUUCCUCUCGAGUCGAUUCCGAAGCGCCACACAUAGGUCGAGAAUAUCAAGAGCAUCUUCGAGGAGCCCACUCCCUCCCAGUCGAUCGAACGGCUCGUUCCGACCACCAGGGCCUGAAGGAGGUUGGCAAAGCUUCCUUCGGUGGUUCAACUCGCUCCCAGAAGCUGCCAUCAUAUGGGGGAUACUUGGCCUGAAUGGCGUCGUAUACCUGAUGUGGAACUGGGCUCAUGUCAGAUACAGGAGCACAGGGGACCCGAGUGGUAUCUUCACCAUGAUCCGCAACUUCACAGUGAGCGCACAGAACCUGAGUGCGGGCCGAAUAUGGACAGUCCUGACGUCGUGCUUCUCCCAUGAAGACACUUCGCACAUCUUGGUGAACGCAUUUUCGUUCUACUUCAUGGCGCCCACAGUGCUUCAGAUGCUGGGAAAUGCACGGUUCCUGACCUUCUACAUGGGUGCGGGUGCCGUCGCGAGCGUCAUCAGCCUGUACUGGAACAACGUCGCCAGAAAAACUCGUGAAAACUACCAGUCACACGGUGCUAGCGGUGCAAUCUACUCCAUCGUGUCGCUCUUCGCGUGCGUCGCGCCCAGGGCACAGAUCCUUUUGUUCGCCAUCGUCCCAAUACCCGCAUGGGCCUUUGUGACGGGGAUCUUCCUCUGGGAUGGCUACAGCGCCAUGACGGACAAGCGCAAUGGCACGGACGCGGCUGGACACAUCGGAGGCAUCUUGGCUGGCCUCGCGUAUUAUCGCUACCUUCGUCUGCGUAUCCUGUGA